CAGACAUCCCUCUCUCAGUCAGUGUGCCGCUGGCUGCCGUGGAGAAAGGAUUGUCGCUACUCCUCCUCUCGUUGAAUCCCCUUUGAGUUCCUCGUACUCUUGCGAACCUUCCCACCUUCUCACUUCUCAAUCUGAUCAGUUACCUUCCUUCCUCCUCCUUCUGUGCUUCUCCUUCUCCCUUUCUCUCCCCUUCUGUCUCCUAUAAACUCAAAUCACCAGUACUUGUGUUUAUUUGUUGUUUGUGUGUUACCUGGUGACCAGCCAAUCACCGCUUCGGUCAUUGACACAGAUCGCAGCUAGUGGUGACGCGUCCGUGUGUUCGCUCGUGUGCCAUCACCAUCACCGCCACCAUUACCACGCCCCUGAGCACUCCAUCCCACUCCCAUGCUCACGCUCCCACUUCCUUAGCCCCACCACUCCUGCUGCCUCUCUCUCUCUCUCUCUCUCUCUCUCUCUCUCUCUCUCUCUCUCUCUCUCUCUCUCUCUCUCUCUCUCUCUCUCUCUCUCUCUAUCGCCGUUUCGUAUUCACUUUUCAUUACAAUUUCACUUCUUGUACUAUUUGUUUAGUGUCUGUUUGUUUAGGAAGGUCAUUGGCUCUCCCUUCUCUUCUUAGUCUUCCUCCGCCUUCUCCUCCUCCUCCUCCUCCUCCUCCUCCUCCUCCUCCUCCUCUCGUCAAGGAGGUUCAUCGAAGCACCACCAGGAUGUGCAGCUGGUUGCUGUGGGUGGUGGGCUUGGUGUUGUCGGCGCUGGUAGGCGUGGAAGGGCUAGAAAAUGGGCUGGCCCGCACCCCGCCCAUGGGCUGGCUGGCAUGGCAGAGAUUCCGGUGCAACACAGACUGCGUCAAUGAUCCACACAACUGUAUCAGUGAAUCCCUGUUCAUGCAAAUGGCUGACCUGCUGGUGCAUGAUGGCUACAGGGACCUGGGCUACAACGUCAUCUCCCUGGACGAUUGCUGGAUGGCACGCAGCAGGGACGCUCAGGGCCGCCUGCAGCCAGACCCGUACCGCUUCCCCUCUGGCAUCAAGGCACUCAGUGACUAUAUGCACAAAAGAGGCUUGAAGUUUGGAAUCUAUGAGGACUAUGGCAAUUACACCUGUGCUGGGUACCCCGGCAUUCUAGGGCACCUUCAAACUGAUGCCCUGACCUUUGCUGACUGGGGCGUGGACUACGUCAAGCUUGACGGUUGCUACUCCCACCCCAGCGACAUGGACAGAGGCUACCCCUUAUUUGGUUAUUACCUCAACCAGACGCUACGCCCCAUGGUGUACUCCUGCUCUUGGCCCGUGUACCAGACUUAUGCAGGCAUGACGCCAAACUAUACAGCCAUCAUCAACACGUGCAACUUGUGGAGAAACUUUGAUGACAUUCAGGAUUCUUGGGAGUCUGUUCAGCGAAUCAUUGAUUACUAUGGUGACAAUCAAGAUGAGAUAGUUGCCAAUGCUGGGCCAGGCCACUGGAAUGAUCCUGAUAUGCUUAUUAUUGGCAACUUUGGAUUGAGCUACGAACAGUCUAAGUCCCAGAUGGCAAUGUGGGCAAUCUUUGCAGCACCUCUGCUCAUGUCUGUGGAUCUGAGAACAAUCAGGCCAGAGUACAAGGCAAUCCUGCAGAAUCGUGCUGUUAUUGCUGUUAAUCAAGAUCCUCUGGGCCUGCAAGGCAAGAGAAUCUAUAAGGACAAGGGAAUUGAGAUCUGGGCCCGUCCCAUCAUGCCACUGUCUGGCAUCCACUACUCCUACGCCAUCGCCUUCCUCAACCGCCGCACAGAUGGCACACCCUCCGAGAUUUCCGUGACACUGAGAGAGCUCGGUCUUGCCAACCCAGAAGGCUACUCCAUCACAGACCUCUUUGACGGCGUCCACUAUGGCAUCGUUCAACCAGACAAGCGCUUCAAGGUGGAUGUCAACCCAUCAGGCGUGGUGCUCGUGAGGUGUGAGGUGGCUAAGCAUGGUGCUGCUGGGGCAAGGGCACCAUUCAGACCAACACCCACUGAUCGCAGCUUCAGAAACCCUUUCCAUAAUAACAACAACUUAUUCAAUAAUUUUGGUGGAUAAGGACAAGAUAUAUUCUUAGAGUGUGGGGGUUUCAUAUUACAUUGUGAAGUUAGUUAGUUACUGUUUUGAGUUACUCCACUCCAAAAACAUUUGAGUUACUCCAAUGUAGUGAUACUUAAAACUGAGUUACUCCACUCCAAUGUACAUUGCUUACUCAAUGUACAUUAACAAAGAUUUUUUGUUAAAUUCUCAUUGACAUGUGUGCCAGUGCAUUCACUGUGCAUUUGAUAAUCAAGAGUUCCUCAAUAGGAAAGACCGAGUGAGUUACAUGGGUUGUGGUUGGAAGGUUACGAGUGACUAGAUUUAGUUAGGCAGUUGAGGUAAAAUUUUACCUUGACUGGGUCACCCUGUAGGAUGGAUGUUGUCAGUAUACUUGAAUGAAAUCAUAAUGUAUAUUAUGGAAGACAUUAUGGAAGAAUUGUGGUAUUUUGCUUUUUGUGGUAUGAAACAUAUUUUGCUUUUCUUUAAGUUAACCGGUUAUGAUUGUGAGGGUGUGCAACUGAGCAAUUGCCUAGUAAAUGUAGUGGGGCAGAGCUGGAGGUCCUAGAAGGUACAGGUAUUAGCUGUCAGACCAUUUAUAGCCAUCAGACAGAUUUAUUUAGGUGGUUAUUUAGGUGGACAUGACAGCAUACCAGCACCUUCAGAAAUCUCGGCUGACAGACUGACUGAGUGAGUGAAUUUCAUACCAGCACCUUCAGAAAUCUCAGCUCACAGAGUGAAAAUUCACUCAAGUGAUGUGUGAAAGGAUGAUGUGAAAAAGGCAAGACUUUCUUGAGCUUCCAUUAUUGUCAUUUUACUUAGGGGUUUCAUGCAUGCCUGAGAACAUGAGUGUGUGUAACAUGUAUCACCUGUUCACUUCCCUACUCCUCCCUCCCCCCGCCCCCCAGUCCAAGGUGUCAAAGGUCAGGCCUCUCUCCUUCCCAUAUCAUAUAUCCAUGCAGAAAGCUUAAAUGUUGGAUAUGAAAUUGAAUGCAAA